AUGGCGGACCCAAUCAUGGAGAAGAAGCAGCUGGAGCAUUCGGAGCACAUCGAAGAUCUCGAUGAGGAGAAGCUGAAACAGAAGACCGGGAAGCAGGACUACUCCGGUGCUGCUGAGAAGACCGAUCCCGUCGAGAUUGCCUUGGUCAGGAAGCUGGACCGUUGGAUUAUGCCUAUGCUUUGGUCCAUGUACUGGCUCAACUACCUCGACCGAAAUGCAAUCGCGCUUGCCCGGCUUAACGACCUGGAGGAAGACCUCAACCUUACUGGUACCCAGUACCAGACCUGCGUCAGUAUUCUCUUUGUGGGCUAUCUACUGGGCCAGGUGCCCAGUAACAUGUUCCUGACGCGGACCCGUCCUUCAUGGUACAUGGGUAUCUGCAUGAUGCUCUGGGCCGUCGUCUCGGCUUUGACAGCUCUGGCAAAAGAUUUCAAAGGCCUGCUCCUCACGAGGUUCUUUCUCGGUGUCACCGAAGCCCCUUACUACCCCGGUGCUCUUUACAUGCUCAGCAUCUUCUACACCCGUAAGGAGAUUGCUACUCGCAUCAGUAUCCUCUACACCGGUAACAUCCUGGCUACCGCUUUUGCCGGUCUGAUCGCUGCUGGCAUCUUUCACGGAAUGGAUGACCUGGGUGGCAUCUCCGGCUGGCGCUGGCUGUUCAUCCUCCAGGGUGCUGCUACGUUUGUGAUUGCGAUUGUCGGCUGCUUCAUCCUCCCCGACUUCCCACACAACACAAAGUGGCUCACCCCUGACGAGAGGCAGCUCGCCCAGGACCGCAUCGAGAGAGACACCGUCGGUCUAAAGGGCAAGGGAUCCCCUUGGGACGGCUUCAAGCAGGCGGCAAAGGAUCCCAAAGUCUGGCUCUUUGCUUUCAUGCAGCACCAGCACUUGGCGGCCAACGGUUUCAAGAACUUCUUCCCCACCGUGGUCGAAACGCUCGGCUUCAACACGACCAUCACGCUCGUCCUGACCUGCCCGCCCUACGUCAUCGCCGGCGCCAUAUCCAUCGCCGUGUCGUGGUCGUCGGGCCGCUUCAACGAGCGCACCUGGCACAUCACCAUCUCGAAGCUGGUCGCCAUCUUCGGCUUCGUGCUGGGCGCCGCGACCAUGAACAUGGGGGCGCGCUACUUCGCCAUGGUCGUCUUCGCCACCGGCACCUACGGCGUCAACUCGAUCGUGCUGGGCUGGGUCGGCUCCACCUGCGGCCAGUCGCCCGAGAAGAAGGCCGUCGCACUCAGCAUAGUCAACACCGUCGCGAACAUAUCUUUCAUCUGGACUCCGUAUCUUUGGUACGAUGAGGACGCGCCCCGUUACGCCGUCGCCAUGGGUUCGAGUGCUGGGUUCAGUAUGCUAUGUUUCAUCUGCGCUUGGGUCAUGAAAUUCGUUCUCAAGCGCAAGAACAAGAAGAUGAGGCAAUCUCAGGAUGAAACGACACUCUUCUACGCCUAUUGA